GCACGGCACUAGGUUAGUUGAGGUAGGACCAGCGGCUACGAAGCAUGUGUAGUUUUCUCUCUUCCUUGCGCCUCUUUACCUACACGUACUGUUGUCUAGGAACCGUCUACCGAUGGAUAUAAAGACUGUCCACUAAUUCCAGUGCUGCGCAGAAGAUCAUUUCUCGGCCCCGUCCGAAGUUUGUUGCUGUGAAGUGAUGAAGUGUUACAAAUGAAGCUGUAGUGAUGAGUUUGGUUAAGGGACACUCGGAAGGUAGUACUCAUCUCAAGGGUGCAGACCAAUGCAGUGGUGGUGGUGGUGGUGGUGGUGCUAGCACUGACAAGAGUAACACCUCAGGCCAGCUGGACCCGGAGCCCAGCACGUCAACAGCCGAUAUGGGAGGAGAUCAGAAGUUUUCGAGGUCCUCGAGGGAGAUGAGAACAUGGCAGAAAAGAUGCGGCGGGACAGACUGAACAGCUGCAUCAAUGAGCUGGCGGGGAUUGUGCCUCUAUGCUCGGGUUCCAGUAAGCGCUUGGACAAGACCUCCACCCUCAGACUGGCUGCCAACUACAUUUGCAUGCAUAAACUGUUGAUGGGAGAGGAAAAUGGAGAUGAAAAGCUGCCGCCAGUCUUGGGAGGAAAUAUUGCGCACAACUUAGCAGAGGCUGUGGGGGGCUUCUUGCUGGUGGUCACCUCUACUGGCAAAAUUAUUUACGUCACUGAGGCCAUUGAGCAGUUCUUGGGCCACAGUCAGGUGGAUUUGCUUGGCCAGAGUAUCUACAAUGUGAUCCAUCUAGAUGAUCAUGAAAUAUUCCAGCAGAAUCUUGGAACCAAAGGCAGCGGUAGAGUAUCCUUCUUUUGCCGCAUGAUGGAGAAGGCUCUGACCCGCAAUGAACCUGGCCGCUAUGAAAUCAUUCACGUUGUAGGGCAGCUCAAGCCCAUUCCUGCCUUAACCAGCACUAUUCCUGCCUCACCAUCCACAUCAGUGGUGUCUCCUGGAGCAAGGUCAAACAGUGAUACUGAUGAGAACUGUGACUCAGAUGGAGAGUCAGACACCCAAUCUCUGAAGGCAUCAGUCAACAGGUUUGGAACUCACAUCCUUGUCAGCUUUGUGAGGGUUGUCAAGGACCGGCCUAUUACUGAGCUCUCCCUGGUUGAGUCCACGCUGGAUGAGUACAUCACCCGCCACGGUCUGACUGGAAACAUCAUUUACACGGAUCACAGAAUUUCGUUUGUCACAGGGUUAAUGCCGUCAGAUGUCAUCGGGAAAUCAGCGUUUUCCUACAUGCACCCUGAUGAUAGAGUGUGGUCCAUUGUUGCACAAAAGCUGAUGUUCUCCAGCACUCAAGGCCAAGGUGUUGUGUCCUACAGACUAAAGUGUUGUGAUGGAUCUCUCGUCACUUUAAGGAGUAGAGGAUACCUGGAGGUGGACAAGCAGACUGGACAAGUAGAGUCUUUUGUCUGUAUCAACACUGUCGUAAAUGUUACAGAAGCUGAUGAGGAAAUAAAGAAUCAGAAACGAAAGCUUUUGCCAAUAAUAAGCUCACAGGACUGCGAUGAACACUUGAAGUCCAUCUCUAACACGUUUCCACAAGAACUUCUCAAAGAUGUGAUGCCAAUGCUGACUCCUGAUGCUCUGCAGAAUUUGUGUGCCACUUUUCAAAUGAAUGAAAUGAAAGAAAGGGAAAACAGAGCUAAAAUUACAGAACUAGACUCACCGGAACCACCAAAACCGAACUGUGGAACCUCGCCAGAUAUUGUGAACAACUUCAAAGAAAGAAGAAGUGACCCUAGUCCAUACCAGAGCAAAGCAAAAAAAUUAUGUAGUGUAGAAAGACUUGAUUCCUCAGUGAAGCAGUGCACCAUGAGUCCUCCUGAGAGCCAAGAGAUUGUGAGGGAAGCAUCACCCAACAGCAGCUGGUACAAUUCUUCUUAUAAACAGACUUCUUCAGGAAUUGACUUUAGUACUGUUGUAACUGAAAACUUCAGUUUUGAUAGGGAACAUUUUCAACAGAAAUCAAUAAAGAAUGAGGGGCAGCUAACUCCAGCUGCAUCCCCUCAAGUGCAAGUUCACUCACCUUAUAAUUCACAGCAUGGGAGCAAUAACUGUUACUUAGCUCCCAGUGAUCAGUACAAUACUACCAAUUACACAGACCAAACACUUGCCAAAGGUCACAGCAUUGAUAUCUAUCAACAAAAUAAGAGUCCCAAUGUACUGCAAUGUACUGCAGCUGGAGGCAUCAGUCCUCGUACAGAUGAAUUCAUUCCAGGAGUUAAUAAUUUUUCUGUUGAUGGCAAUAUCAUCUCAGCAGCAAACCUAAAGAAUGAAGAGUUUUCUCCAAGAAAUAGUGACCAAGUUAAUUCAAGUCCAGGUUUUUCUACACCAAACUACAGUCCUGCAUUAGAAGAUGAUGUAAAUACCAGAAAAAAGCCAAGAAAUCCACAAAAUAGCAUAACUCUGGAGAUGGCCUCUCCAGGGGGCAGUUUUACAAGCAAAAGUGAACCCAGUGGGUCUCCUGGUGGUACUUAUCCCUUCAUUUCUGUAAGUGAUGAUGUGCUCCUCAGUGAAAAUACUGAAGACAAUGGUCACAGUCCUUAUACAAGUCCUCAAGAAUGUAGAGACAAUAUUAGCCUCUCUCCUGCUGUUCUUUCUUCUCCUGCUGUAUCUCCUGGCUGCCAGAACAUUCAGCAGGUAGAGUGUGAUGGCUCUACCAGCUCCAUGAACCAGUGUGGGACAGCACGUCAGCAUCAUAAUAUCCUCGCUCAGCAUUCUCCAAACUCCACGAUGAGCAGCAGGAACCGAUGCCAUUACCAGCAACAUCAAGGCCAGCAGCAACAGCACCACCAGCAACUAUUACUUCAGCAGCAGCAGCAGCAGCAACAACAACAACAACAACCACAGCAGCAGCAACAACAACAACCACAACAGCAGCAGCAACAACAACAACAACAACAGCAGCAGCAGCUACAACAGCAACAGCUUCAACAACUACAACAGCAGCAGCUACAACAACAAUUGCAACAACAGCAAUAUUUUCAACAGCAGCAAUUACUUCAACAACAGCAGCAUCAACAGCAACAGCAACAAAAACAUCAUCAACAGCAACAACAACAACAACGAACACCACAGCAUUACCAUUCUCAGUCCUCUGUCCCAGCUGCCAAUGCCAAACACAAUUUCAAUGUCAGAUCACCAAACUUGUGUGGCAGAAUGCAGGGACAGCUGAGUAAUCAGAUACCUGAAAACAAUAGCUCUGUGAAUAAUUGGCAGUCAAGAAGUGGUGAUGUUCCUUUGCACUCCUCAAUGGCUUCAAAAAACCCAGAGAUGUACAGCCCCCAAAACUUGACUGAGAGUGGCCAAGCUCUGCAGUGCGAUGCUAGUCUCCACUUGAACACUGCCAACCCAUACUCAAAAAGCAGAAAUAUUCCAGACCAGCCUGAUGCUUACUACAGACAUUGCACUGCCUCACCUCAGAGGAUAGUUCAAAGUCAACUCACCACUCAGUACGUUGCUACAAACCAGAAAUUUAACCCACAGUUUCGGUACAGUCCAUCUCAGAAUGAAGUUGAAGGUGAAUUCUUGUGACGUAUGAAAUCCUGCCAAACAAAUUUUACAUGAUGCAAAAGAUCUCUAAACAAGGACCCCAUUCUUGAGGAAGGACUUACCUUACUUGUGUGUGAGGUAAUGUUUCCAUGAUUCUACAAAAUGUUAAUGUUGAAAAUUGAUUGCAAGUGCACCUCAAUCUAUUUACCUGAUAUCUGCAGUAGUAUGACCUCAUACUUUGUUGGAAUGCUUUAUGGUGAUGUUGUAUGAUACUAUAAUUAUGAUGUUUAUAUUCAUGGUUUGUUAACAUGAUUGUCAAAAGUUCAUAUAAAUUAUCUAUCCAUUUUUCAUGAUUAACAUAUGAACCCAUUACUUAAAAAAGAUUUGAAAACUAAAGGUGUUAUGUUUGUAUGUGCUGGGGAAGAACAGAUGCAAGAAUGUGUAUGUGUGUAUAUUUGCACAUACACACACACACACACACACACACACACACACACACACACACACACACACACACACACACACACUUAUGUAUAGUUUUCAACAUCAGGUGAACUAUAAAACUGGAAGUCAUUCCAAAACCAAGUUGAUGUGGCUAUAUUUUGAUUUUUGCACCAUCUUUUUUUUAUAUGAAAACAUUCCGGUGUCAAAUUUUAUGUGAAGCAAAUGCAUUAAUAAAGAUGGGAUUUCUACAUGAAACUUGAAUCAGAAAUAAUAUGAAGUACUGCAUAACCAUUUUACUUGAGAAAUCCUAUUCUACCCACACUUACUCACAUCCAUAAGAGGGAAGGUAUUAUACUUAUUAUCAUUUAUUCAGUUAGCAACAGAAGCAGACUUUGCAAAAAUUACUAAUAAUUGUUUUUUCAUGAUGCUUAAGAAAGCAGAUUAUAUUGAUUUUGGUACAUACUGAUGCCUCAAAAAGCACUUUAUGAAAACUCCUCUCACUGUCCAUAUGCAUUUACAUUUACAUGAUAUAUUGCAGUGUAUUUGAUAUCAGUGAAAAGUGCAAGUAUUAUUAAACAUGAUUUUAUUGUUGAUGCACUUUACAAAUGUAAUGUUCACAAUGCUACUUCCAGAUUUCUGGUGUUACACAAUCAUGCCAUGGUAUUUUUUGUGUACAAUGAAAGUGCACACUUAGAGUAAGUUUGAUAAAUGUUUGAAGUAAAGCACAACAUAGUGUUUACUGUUAUGAUGGAAAAAUUAUUCUGUAAUUGUGAAAGAGUGAUGGUGGAAUGCAUUACUGAAUAUGAGUUAUUCAAGAUUCACAUGGAAAUAUACUUGCUGGUAGAUAUUUUAGAUCCUUGUACAGUAACAUUUGAUCAUUUUUACCCUUGACAUGCAUUACAUAGAGUGCACAGUAUGUGGCUGUUUGUGUCUGAGGAGCGACUUGAAUCCCUGCCUGCACUCGCCACCAGCAGGUUUAUAUGUUUGUUGCCAUCAGUCUAAAGCAAUCUGUCUAGAUCAUUACAUUCCACAUACAUUUCAUCCAGUAAUAAUCAUGUUAUGCCCUUCAUUUGAGAAUCAUAGAAACACUGGGAAAUUAAACUGAAGGCAUGAUAAGUCUUCAGUCAUGAGAGGUGCCCCAGCUAGGCAGGAAGGCUUAAAGUAAAGCAUCUUGAACAUUGGGACCAUAUUGAUUGUCUGUUCCCAAGAUCAAUUUUGGAGGUUUUGCAGCUCUCAUCACUACAGUCAUGCAUUAACCUGUAGUGAGGAUCCUUCUUUUAUAUGCAAUACCAUUCAUGAAUGUUGGCAGAGGUUGGCUUCCUAUGUAGAAUUAAUUGUCAUUCUCUAUCUAGUAUUUUUUUCAUAACUUUGUGGUGAAUAAUCACCACAAAUUGGCAUCAAGACUGGGAUUCAAUUGUGAAUUAUUAUAGAUUGUACAUAUGAAAGUUUGAAUUGUAGUCGUGGCAGUAAUGUGUCAGGCUAUUUGUCUCUAUGGUGUGAAAAUAAUUAAUGACAAAGUACAGGUGUAUGAAAUGGAGAUACAGCUAGCUAAGAGUGGUCACACUGGAGAGCCUCAAGUGUGUGUAAUGCUUACCUGUGGUUGAAUAGUAUGGCAAAAUAUAGCAUGAAAUGAUUGAUACCAAGAGUGACAGGUCUAUGAAUGUGCUGCUGGCUUGGAGCUGUCCUCAGAAGUAGACACGAUGUGCUUAUGGGACAUAUUAUCCUUGUAAAUAUUUACUAUUAUGUCUAAACCAAAUUCAAUUUUCAAUGCACUAGAAUUGUUUUAUACUGUGUAUCACAACUAAGUUCCCAGAAUUAUAGGCCUAGCAUUUAUGCCCACCGUCAUUGUAAUUAGAAAAUUAUAUUUGAAUUCAUGAUAUAUAUAUAUAUAUAUAUAUAUAUAUAUAUAUAUAUAUAUAUAUAUAUAUAUAUAUAUAUAUAUAUAUGAAUAUUUCCUUUAAAUAAUUGUCAAAGACGAGCAUCUUUAUAGGUGUGUGGUGAGUUGACUCAUAGGAGCAAUGGACAAGAUUCUGGAUUCGCAAGUUCUGACAGUAAUGGGUAAUUAGCUUCUCUCUCUCUCUCUCUCUCUCUCUCUCUCUCUCUCUCUCUCUCUCUCUCUCUCUCUCUCUCUCUCUCUCUCUCUCUCUCUCUCUCUCUCUCUCUCUCUCUCUCUCUCUCUCUCUCCUUAUUGUUGAAUAGAUUUCUCCUUUAUGUUCACCUUCAUAUAACUUUUAGCUCAUUCAAUUUCCAUUAACAUCUGCAUUUUUUUUUUAUUUAUUUAUUUAUUUUUUUUUUUUUUUUUUGGGGAAAUGUUUUGUGGUAUGACAACAAUCUUCCAUCACUAAAGAUUACAGUUAUUCUUUGCCAUCUCUCUCUCUCUCUCUCUCUCUCUCUCUCUCUCUCUCUCUCUCUCUCUCUCUCUCUCUCUCUCUCUCUCUCUCUCUCUCUCUCUCUCUCUCUCUCUCUCUCUCUCUCUCACAAUAUCAAAGUUUUAACAGAUGCUAUGAGAGUUCAUAUUGCAUUAUACUGUGGAACCUCAAUUCACGAAUGUUCUUGUUUAUUAACUAAUUGGUCCAUAAACAUAUUUUUCAACAAUUUUUGUAUCAUUUCAUGAAUGGUGUUUCAGUGUGCGAACACAGAAGCGUUUUGAAAUUUUUUUCUGCCAGCAAGCAUACUCUCCCACUCAGCUGUGUUGUGGCCCCACCUGCCAUGGUUGUGGGAGUUGAACCUGAAUCCCACUCCUCCUCCCUCCUAUCUCUAGCCUUUCAAGAAAGAUAAUUUUUGAGGAAAAGACAACUUCUUGCUUUCCGUCAAACAUAUGUUGGCUGGAGGGAAAUGCUGGAGCAUACAUAUAUAAGUCUGUAUAAAGUAUGGAGUAUUAUGGUACUCAUGACAGCACAUGCUGUGCCAUCCUGUCUCAUAUAACCUUGCAUACUGGAGUCUGAACACUCUAGAAAACCACACCUGCACAGACAUGCUCAUAAGAUGUGGGAUUGACAAAAUUUCCUGAAUUAGAGACUUUGCACUUAAACAAGGGACACAAGAUGCAAUUAAAAAAAGUAUAUGUUGUCCUGAGCAUGAGCAGUAAAAACAGUCCCUGCUGCAUACAGAUUUGUAUGCUGCAAUGUUUACUUCCAGCUAAUGUGUGCUCGAACCAUAAUUUUAUUCUAUAUUCCAUGUCUCCAAAAAUAUAAAAAAAUAGAAACAAAAAAUGCAGUGUUUCUGAGGAAAGAAUAGAAUAAUUAUGUUUACAUUAUUUUGAUUCAGAAAACUUUCAGUUUGUGAAAAUUGUGGUUCACAAACAGAGUUUUGAAGCUAAUUAAAUUCAUGAACCAAGGUUCUAUUACACCGAAUUACUAUAUAAUUUCAUAUAUACAGGGUGUUUCAGAAAAAAUGCCAGGAUUUUGAUCUCCAUUUAUUCAAAAACUAAUAAUGACAAAAGAACAAACUGUAGUGCUAUCAAAAGCAAACUUGAUGGCAAUUUAUCCCUUGUCUAAGUGAACUUCUUGAGGUUCAUGUUUUCAAUAUGAGUGCCGCGUGGGUUGAAGCAUGCUUUAAGGCAUACACAGAAAUUCUCACCAACUUUUGGCAUGUCUCUUGGGUCACACUGGUUGUGUAUGCCUCCACAUUUUGCUUUAAUUCAGUGAGUGUUGAUGGUUUGUUGGCAUAGACUUCAGCCUUGGCAG